AUUGCGCAAAAUGAUCCAUAUCAUUGCCGAUCACUUCUAAGUCAUGGCAACUGGCCUGCGCGGACAUCGAAUUGGGACCCCGAAAGGGCUUUUGAGAAAUGGGAGCCCGCAAGUUGUCGCAUGGUGGAAUACUCAAGAGAUGCCUUCCAUGAUUGCCUAGGCGGCCGCCGGGUUGUCUUCGCGGGCGACUCAACGGUUCGACAAAUUUACUGGGCCGCCGCAACUAGGCUCGACCAUAUGAAAGCACAUGUCGCACUCCUGGAUGUUUUCGUGGAUGACACCAAGCAUGACAAUCUCCAGUUCGAAGCGGAAGGUGUCAAGUUGGAAUUCAUCUGGGAUCCGUGGUUGAACUCGUCUGCCCUCCACAGCGAACUCACCAAAUUUCGAGUACAGGAAACUUUUGCAGAUAUCGGCACAAUCAAGUCAAAGGAUGAAGAGUCAGCUGCACUUAUCGUUAUAGGAGCUCCUGGCUUAUGGGCUGCUCGGCAUGGUGGUGACGAGUACUUUGAAAUUUUCAAGCAUGGAGUUGAGAGCAUCAAAAUCCACCUCGGUUCGAAUCUAGAUGGAACCUUGAGCUCUCCAAGCAACGACCUGCGCAGAAACUACGACGAGGCUCCAAAUCAGAUCUUACUUGCACCUGUUCUGGUACCUUGGUACGACGAGCUUUCCGCUAAUAGAGCAACAACGAUCACGCCUGAAAGGAUAGACAAAAUGAACCAGUACCUCAGAGGUCUUCCUCGGGAUGCACAGUCCCAUGUGCUCUGGACCUACAAUAAGAUGACAUCGGAUACCAUCAACACGUACGAAGCCAACGGUAUUCAUGUCAAGGAUCAGGUUGCAGAGCGCAAAAUCGACGUCGUGUUGAAUGCUCGAUGCAAUGCUGCAAAAGGCCACCAGAUUCCGAAUGAGAUAACAUGUUGCAUGAAAUAUCCAAAGAAGAAUCUACUUCAGAUCGCCGUCUAUCUCGGUGCAACGGUCGCAGUCGUCUGCUUGGCAAUUUCUGGCUUCUUCAAACGGCAAAAGUCGAGUUCUGUCGGGCUUCACGUCCAGGCAGCCAUUUGUAUUAUCCUCAUUGUAGUUGCAUACUGUGCAAUUGCCGACCGUGGCCAUACUUUUGUGAAAAUUAACCGACACUACGACUUCAGCACAUUCAUGGAGGGCUGCUUCAUAUUCUUUUUGCUCAGCCUUAACUCUCUGAAGAGCAGCAGCAUCAACGACAAAGGCUUCUUAUCUCGCGAUCAAUCCAACGAAUGGAAAGGAUGGAUGCAGGCGUUAAUCCUGCUUUAUCAUUAUAAUCAUGCGUCACAGACCCUUUGGGUGUAUAAGCUAGUUCGGCUUCUAGUUUCGGGGUACAUCUUCUUGUCUGGUUAUGGUCAUACCAUGUACCUGCUCAAAACAGAGGACUACUCCUUGCGGCGAGCAGCCGCUGUCAUUUUCCGGCUCAAUUUCUUGAGUGCCCUGCUGCCAUACAUCAUGAAAACAGAUUAUAGCUUCUACUAUUUCGCCCCCCUUAUUACGUUCUGGUAUCUAGUGGUUUUCCUCACACUUCGAGUGUUCAAAAAUCUCAACCAAGAUCCAGUACUGCUUUUUGCUAAAGUUCUCAUUGCAGCUAUCGUCACAAGCUACUUCAUUUUUUCUCAACAACCUCUGCGGUUGCUGAGCAGGGCAUGCCUGAAUGUCUUCCGCAUGCAUUGGGACGCAACCGAGGCACGUUUCAGGCUUUCUCUUGACCGGUACAUAGUAUUCUUCGGAAUUGUCACGGCAUCUAUCGUUCAUCGAAUGUCUGUCAUCAAAGACAUACUUGUAUUUCCCGAUGCACACACGAAACCCAUCAAACCUCUGGCCUGUGCAUUUUCCGCCUUGUUCAUCCUCUUCUUCACUGUGAUGAACGAAAAGCUAGUUCACGAGAAGGAGCAGUACAAUGAUGCGCAUCCUUACAUGUCAUGGAUUCCAAUUCUGUCAUUCUUAAUCCUCCGCAAUUCUCACAGACGUUUGAGAAAUUCCUUCAUGACACUUCCUGCAGCUUUGGGGGAAAUAUCAUUGGAGACAUACGUCCUGCAGUACCACAUCUGGUUGGGGGGUGAUGCAACUGCAAAGCUUGGUUUUGGUAUCUGGAAACGCUAUGCUGGCUUG